UAGGUAUCUAUGUUUUUGACAUUGACACUUAAACAAUUUUAUAUUUUAAUAUUCUGUUUAGAAGACUAUUUUGUUUUUGUAAAUAAUAUUCAUGUUGGAUUUUGUAUAUUUAUGUCUUGUUUUGUGCGACAAUGUUCCUACGUGUCGCGUAGUGGUGUUAUGAAUUAACAUCAUUCAACAAGUUUAAGAUUGAUUGCUCUAUGCACAAAGGAAAUAUUGAAACUAUACAUAUACACAUAAAGAACUAUAAAAUAAUAUCUGAUAAUUUAGGAGGAAUGAAUAGUGGAAACGAUUAUAGAAAAAUUAAUUGUACAAACUUUGAGAAACGUCAUUUUACAAAAGAAUACGGUAAACCAUCUGUUGUAUACGCAAAUACUGCGAAAAAGAAAAAGAAUAAUAGUCAAAGUUUAGAAAUAGACAAAUAUACAAUAGACGACAGUCACACUGAAUCUAGUAAAAUAAUUAAUACAACUAUUUCCAAAGAAAACACAGAUAAUAAAACAAUUUCACCAAAUCCAUACACUGAAAGUUACACUUUAUUUAAUGAAGUUCUAAACAUUCUUAGAAACAAAAAGAAUAAAGUCGAUGUACGUAAGAAUAAAGAUGCCGGAACGAACACCGAUUUUAAAAUAAAACCAAUAUUGGCUUCAAGUAAAAUAUUCAGUUACUCAAUCGAAGGCAGCAGCAAUAAAGAUUUUACAGUAAUAAACAGUUUUCAGCCUAAAAAUAAAACAGAAUGCGCCAUAAAUUUGCCGAAACACAAAUCAUCUUCGAUACCGCAAAUGAAAAUAGAAGAAAUAAAACAAAGUUUAAAAGAAAAUGCGAAAUCCAGAGAUGCCAUAGAGGAAGUUAAUCGGAUGUUCGCCAGAGUUAGAAAUAGUGAUUACAAAGACGAAAACGAAUUUGGAGUUAACAGGCCAAUAACAAGAAAGGGACCCAGAGUAUUGCCAGUUGUCAAAACAAACUACCAAAACAGCCCGGAUCACUGUAAAUGUUGCCAGACGAAGCAUUGCAUGUCCAGUGGUGAUUCCAUAAAACGCGGCAGAGACGAGAAAUGCGUUUAUAUGGUGUGCUGUCAUUAUGAUAACAGCAGACAUACCCAAACCGGAGUAUUGUUUUGCGAGAGAUGCCGCUUUGUAAAUUCGAAAUGCAAAUUGGAGAAUUGCCAGAGCAGUAAUAAUUAUAACUAAGAUUUAUUUAUUUAGUAUUUAUUUAUUUUAUCAAGAUAUUGCCCGGAUUCUCAAAUAAUAUAUUUUUCUUGGAACAUUUAUCAGCCAAAUGAGCUCAAGUGAACUCCAACUUGAAACAGAAGUGGUAUUCGCAAUUUGGCUUAACAGUUACCUAAAUUCUGAGAUCACAAGGCUGUUUUGGCAAUUUUUUUUAAUUUAUUGCUUAGAUGGGUGGACGAGCUCACGGCCAACCUGGCGUUAAGUGGUUACCGGAGCCUAUAGACGUCCACAGCAUCAUUGCCGCCACCUACCUUGAGAUAUGAGUUCUAACCGUUCCAACCGAAACGCAUUACUGCUUUCACGGCAGAAGCGAGUGAAGUGUAAGUGGGGAAUACACUAGUAAAAAAUUGAAAAUAAAAUAAAACAACUUUUAUUGGAAAGCUUUACGUAAAAACCACCUUAACAAAACCAAAUAUGUAGGUAUCUAUUCAAAAAUAAAAACUCUCAUUCGAUA